AAAAAAGGAUCAUGUGCAUGUUAAGUUGUUGAGACAUGUUGAGAAUGUUAUAAAAGCAAGAAAAAUACUUUCUUUUUGAAACAUUUUUGCGAAAGCUGAAAAAUUAAAAACUUAUUUGAUCAGGAUGCUGGUAUUGUUACUUUUUCUUUUUGAAGCUGUUAGUAAUAGCGAAACGCUAAGUUACAGACAAGCUUUACCAAAAAAAUUUUCAUUUGAAACUUUAAGCACUUUUGUUGACCUUCCUAACUUUUUUGAUGUAUUGGGAUGUAGAAUAGAGUCGGUAGAGAAAAAUUGUGUUAGAAUAUUCAAACCAAAACUAAAAUGUCCUGGAUUUAAUUUGGCUAAAGUAUUUAAGUUACUUUCAAAUCAAGUUGACUUGGAUUCUUUGACAAACAGGAACUUUCCUUCAGGAGUUUUUGAAGUCAAAAGAUUUGAAAUAAAUUCAUGUAACAGUCGAAAUAAAAAUGUUAUAUUUUUUUGUGAGGUUGUUGAAUCUUUUCAUGUUAUCAAUGAUAAAAUUCAGAUUGUUGAAGGUGGAAAACUAGAAAUAACAUUUGACUUGAAAAGACCUUUUAGAUUUAGUCAUAUUGGGUUUAAAAUAGAUGGAAAAAUUAAUAUUGCCAACAAGCUAACUGUAGAGGUUCAAGUCAAUAAAGUUCAAGGAGUGUCUUCAUCGUCUCUAAGUUUAACAGCAAAUCAAAUUAAUGUUAUUGACUUUUCAGAGGCUUUUUUAGAAAAUAAUAAUGAUCUAAGUAGAGAGGCUCUUUUCAGCCAGGGAGGGAUGUUUUCUAACAUUUUUAAUGUGAAAAUUAAAAUUAUUAGAUAUGAAGAUCGAAGUUAUAAACUAAUUGCAGAUGGUGAAAUGAAGAUAUCAGGUCACAGUAGCAUUAAUGCAUUAUUGUUUAUUCAGAAGCCUAAUGAUAAUCCUAUUGGUGUAGGCAUUGUUGCUUUUUUAAAAAAUGUUAAUCCUUUAAAUAUUAUUUCAUUAAUUACAAAGAAACAAUUGAAUGAAAUAAAUAUAUUAAAAAAUCUUCGGUUAGACAUUACUGUUGAAUUUGCCACCAAAAAUUUAGCAAAUUUGAGAGACUCACCUUUAAAUAAAAAGUCAGCUGUUAAUACAAACAAACUCGAUAGUCUUUCUAAAGGUACUCUUAUUAGUUUUAGUUAUCCAGCAAAAAAAUUUCUUAACAAUAUUGGUUCUAGUAUUAACGCACUGAAAGAAAUACUAUUUCAAAUUAAAAUCACUAGUAAAAAGUUAAACUUUGCAUUCCCAACAAAUAUUUUUGAUGAUGGAAUGAAAAUUUUAGCUACAUUAGCACCUAAUGCAUUUCGACUUCUCAAUAGAUAUCUAUUCAAAUCGAAUUUUAAAAUUAUUUUCAAUAAGUAUGAUGUAAACAUUAAAACAAAGCAAGCAGAAAUUUCUAUAUCUGUCCCAGAGAAGAUUUCUCUUGGCGAUAAUAUCCUCUCAGUUGAAAACACAGUUAUUGAACUCAAAGUAAAUCCUCAAGAAUUUGAUUUUAUACUUGUAGCUGAUUUGAAACUCAGUGACACGUUGAUAAAGAUAAAAGUUGUUAAGCUUGGAAAUAAGUUUGUAUUAAAUGGAGACAUUCCUAUGAUGACAUUACAUCAGCUAACAAAUAUUUUUGGAACAGAAGAAAUAAGUAAGAUAGUAUCUAAAAUACCAAACUUUAAAUUUAAGUUCAUCAAUCUUGGUUUAUCCGCUGAAUUCGGUGAAAAUGCUCGUGCGCUAAGAUUGAAAGGAACUGCCGUAUUUAAUGAUUGGAAAGAUAUGGUGUUUGAAGCAUUUAUAAUAGCAAAGCAAGUUCCUGGUUAUAAACAUAAUUUAUCAAAACGUUUUAUUCCAAUAAGCAGAAAUCAGUACAUUAAUCAAAGCAGUUUAGUAAUUGAUUCCCAUAUAUAUGAUGAUAGCUACGAACCUAAAGAAGAGGAAGAACAAGAAAACAGAGAAGAAAAUGUUGAGAUACCACACGAGAUUGAUGAAUCUUCAUUUGAAAGUGGCAGUGAAAGUAAUUCAAAAGAUCUUUUAAGUAGAAACUUAAACCAAAAGCGAGCCAUGAUGGCUAAUAAACAAAUGGGUUUGGCUUUUAUUAUUAAGGAUAUAAAAUUUGACGAAAUUGCUGCAUUAUUUUUUGAUGGACAAUCAUCAUUUACAAACUGGAUUAGUCUUGAUAUUGUAUUAACUAUUUCAAACACAGAGUCCAAAGAAUUUACUUUAAAAGAGGUUAAUGAGGACCUCAAAACAGUAGAAAGAGGAAUAUAUUUGAUUGGAAAGAUGAGAUUACCUAACAAUUGCUUGGAUAAUGAACUUUGUGAUUUUGUAAAACAAAAACUACCUCCUAUGAGCACAUUGUUUGUUGCUGCAGGAUAUAAAGAUCAUUUUUUCUUUCGAGCAGGAUAUGAUGGCAUUAUAAAUCUAACUGAAAACUUAGAUUUAAAUUCAAUAUACUUAGGUGUAAGCAUUCAAAUGGGAAUAAUUGAGAUUUCAUUAAAUGGAAAACUAACAUUAAGAAUGAAAAAAAAUUUGCUAACGUUUGAAGUUUCGGUAGGAAUCGAUAUCACUGGUGGCCUUAGAGUCAGCGGGAAAAUGAUCGGUAUGUGGUCCGAACCUUUUUCAACACCAUAUAUUGCUGUUGGUAAUGCAGAAGUUAGCAUUACAAUACAAUUACCAUUUUUAAUACGAAGUUUUGAACUCUCUGGAGAGGUUCAUCUUGGUAAGUCAGGAAAAAAAAUUGUUGCUAAGGCUGGAGUAGGAAUAGAUAUGACUGGAAGAGAUAAUUACUUCUAUGGAGAUAUCAAUGAACUUUCACUUGGUGCAUUUUGUAAAGCAUUUGACUACAAUUUAAAUCUUCCCAAAGUGAUUUUAGAUUCUGGUUUUAAAGAACUUUCAAUUGGAUAUUCUUUUCUUGAAAAGAAGUUGGCAAACAGAUUCCUUAAAGCUGGGUUUCAUCUUGAAGGUACUCUAAAUAUUCUGGGUUUAAUUGCAAAAACUAAAGUAGAGGUUGAAACAAAAAAACUUUUAAUUGAUUGUGAAAUAUUACCUAUUGGAACAUCAAGUAGUUACUUUGAGUUAACAAGGUCAUUGACAGACAACUUUAAUGGACCAAAAAUUUUCAUAAACAUAUCUCCAAAAUCAGUGAAAGUUUUCAUAAAAGGUGCAAUUAGAUUGCUUAAUAUUUCAUCUGCUGUAACUAUUGACAUAGACAACAACGGCUUAAAAUUUUAUGUUGAAGGAAAUUUGUUUAAUCUUUUUUACGUAAAUUUAAAAGUUGAAGCCUCAUAUGGAAAUAAAAUGAAUUUGGAUAAAGCUGGAUUUAAGGUUUCAGCUUGCUUAUCAACUGAUAUUGCUAAUAAUGCAAACAAAAUAACAAAUAAUGGUUUAGAGGAUGCUGUCAAAAAGGUCAAUGGUGUUGUUUCUUAUGCUGAGAAGAAACUUAAAAAAUAUUCUGCUCAGCAUAAUGAAUUUGUUUCAAAAAAAGAAUCUUUAAGUAAUAUCAGAAAUAAACUUUUUGAUAAGAUGACUGUAACUUUUGCAAAAAUUGAAGAAUAUCAAAGUAAAGUUGGAAGUAGUUGCACAGAUCAAUGUCAUAGGGAAACUGGGUACUUUGCAAAAAACUGGUGCUCUGCAAAUUGCCUACUUGACAAAGGAGAAGCAUCUAUAAGAAUUGAAGGAAAGAAAAAUAAACAAAAUGUGCGUUCAAUGGUCUAUGAAUCUUUUGAUGAAGUUUUCGGAUUUUUUGAUUGGAUAAAGGAACAAGGGGAAAAACUUCUCAAUACUGCAAAAGAAGGUUUCAUUACAGUAGGCAAUAAAAUUGUAGAUGUUGCAAAUGACGCAUAUGAAGGAGUAAAGGCUGGUUUUGAAAUAGUGAAAGAUGCUGCAGUGUCUUUUUCCAAAAAAAUUAUUGAUAUACAUCUAGUUUGCUUUAACACUUCACUUGAAAUAGCAUCAAAAGCUUGUUUUGGUGUCAAAGUAAAUGUGACAAUUGUUGGAAGUCAGAAGUUGAUUGAUAUUGAUAUUUGUUUUCAGACGGGGUUUAUAAGUGCAAUUGCGAAAAAAAUUAGUGAUUUUUUUUAUCCCGGAAUAGAAGCACUUGAAGAAAAUAUUGAAAUAAUAAAAUCAAAAUUUAGUUUUUUUCGCAAAAAAGUUAAAGAAUUGAGCAAAAAAAAACUCUUGGUUGAAAAAAAAUCAAAGAAGCUAGAAGAGCAGGUUAACAGGGAUAAUGUUGAUAGUGAUGAAAUGGAUGAUAUUAGUGAUGGAAUUACUAGAAAGAAUAAUCUUUAUAAAAAUAUAACAUUGGAUGAAAUAAAAUGUCAGAUUUACAAUGAGAAUCAUAUUGUAUCACUAACUGAUGGAGAUGUUCUCGAUGCUUUAGAUAUAUAUCCAGACUACACUAAUGAAAUUAAUUUUUCAAAAAAUGAAUCAGUUGACGUUAGCGAUUUAGCACAACAAAUAAUAGGUGAAAAAAAUAAAUGCGAAUUGGCCCAAGGACUUGUGCGAAAUUAUGAGAAAAUAUCAAAUCAAUUUAACGAAAUGCUUUCUUUUCUGGAGAAUCAAAAACAGUUACAUAAAAAACAAUGUUUAGAUUUUCACCACAAGUUUAAUAGUUUGGAGAGAGUUGCAAUUGAAAAAUGUAAGCAAGCAAAAUGUAAUAAAAUACAGCGCCAAAAGUUAGUUUUCUUAGCUCACAGUCUCACUCAUGCUCAUGUGACUCGCGCUAAAAAAUUGGAUGAAGACUUUGAAGCAAUUGGUAAAAGAUUCAUCGAAAGCGAGAAAGAGGCAAUGGCUCGUAACAUUGAUUCGAGUGGCAUGACCGUGGAAACAUUUUUGUCUAAACUAAAGUAUUCUACUGAAACUGCUUCUCUAAUUCCUAGUAAAACAAAUGAAUACAGAUCACGUUUAAAUGCAUCUUUUACGGCUGUUCAAAAUCUUUUUGUGAAUGAUGACCUACCAUACAAGAGUGUUGCACUGAGUUUCCAGUCGAUGAAAAGCAAUUUGGCUUUCUUAAGAGAAAACAUUCCAUGCGCUGCCUAAAGCAAAACUAAUUUUAUAAUUUAUUAUACAAUAUAAACAAAAUAUAAAUAAAAAAUAUACGUAUGCAGUUAUAUUAUAAUUAAUAUAUUAUUUAAAUUAUAAAGUUAUAUUCUAAUGUUAAAAGUUAUGAAAAACGUCAAGUUUUUUUUUCUUUUUUUUUUCAAAUUAUAUUAGUUCCUUUAUUCUUAAUCAAUAGUGCAUCAAAUCAAAAUUAUAUGAUUAUAUUCA